AUGUCCUACUACGAGAACAACCCCCAGCAAUGGUCCAGCCCUGGCCAAAACAACUGGGAACACCAGGCGCCGCCUGCUUCGCGUGGUGACGGACGCAUGUCUGCGGGUCCCGGAUCUCGCCCUCACUCCGUCAACCAGUUCGAUGAUGCCCGAAACCAUCCCAACUCGAACCUCCAGAACUUCUACGCCACCCAGCGCCAGCAGUCUUCGCGCGGCUCCAACGAAGCGGAGCAGAUGAUGCAGGCGAAGAGACGGAUGGCAGCUCAACGGGAGCGUGAGCUUCGCAAUCUCCACACGGAGCAGCAAUACCAACGAAAUGUGCUGACCGACGUCAACUACAACGGCAAUAGCAAUGGUGCUACUCCAGCCCCCGCCACUCCCAACAAACAAAUGUCGGAGGAGGAGACCCGUGAGCUCAUUGCUCGCCAGCGCAGUGCUUUGUAUGGAGAAGGUCCUUUCGCCGAUAAGGCGGGCUACAUUGACGAGACGGGCAUCGUCCGCACCGGCAACCCUGGUCACAGCGGUCCUCCCAGCCUGCGUGGUGCCUCGCCGAUGGGCUACGAGGGUGGCCCUGGUCCCUUCCGUGGCGGCCUGGCCGGUCCCAGCGAUGCUGCUAGUCUGCGAGGACAGUCCCCCAUGACCCAGGAGCUCCGCGGCAACCCCCCGCCGCACUCUGACGUUCACUCUGCGGCCUCAGCAGCUGAUGGUGCCGCCCACGAGCAGGCCUCUCGCACUGGUAGCACGGCCAGCCCGCAGCCCAACACAUCCAACAAGAAUGCGUUUGACACGGCUGUCAGCCAGGCCGCUGCUCGCACCACCAACUCUUCCCCUGGCGGAUCUUCGUCUCCUAGGCAGGAGGCCCCCAACGGACCGAAGCCUAGUCAGCAGAGCGCAUCAGUUGCUCCCAUUGGUACUAGACCCUCGGCUGCGCCCGCCGCUGGGUCCGCCGCUACAAAGCGUUCGACCACGCCGCUUGCCUCCCCUGGAGGCUGGGGCCGCGGCAACGGUGUCUGGGGCCCGCAGUCAUCUGGUCUCGGUGCUACUUCAGCCAGUGUUUGGGGUUAA